AUGGGAAAUACCGUUCAGUACAGCUGCUACGAACGGUGGGGGAAGAGAACACCUGACGGGCCACUUUUAAAUUACAAUCCACAGAAACUGAAUAACGGAUCACUAGCAACGUUACUUGAAAAUUUUAACUACGAAUCUGCCGAAGAGACACACAAGGAGGGUUCCAAAAAGGGUUACACAUCAAACCAGGGGUAUCCGGGAGGUAGUUCCAAUCAUAACGCUAACAGGAACUACAGCAACAACAGCAACAACUGCAACAACAUCAAUAAUGGAAACAAUACCACGAACUAUAACAGCACAAAUCAUAUGAACCCGAAAGCUGUGAGAAAUGCAAGAAGGAGACCAACUUACUCACCCACAGCAAGAAAAAUAAACGUUGAAACAGAAGAGGAAGAAGAAGAAGAGGAAGAGGAAGAAAAACAAUCAACCGAUGAUUCAGGUGAGAAUAUUUCAGCUAGAGAUAUAAGGGAUGAAAAAAUAAAACAAUAUAGAAAAACAUUAACAAAAGUUGUAAAAAUAAAAACAGCUAUUUUCCAUGAAACUGUUAAAGUUACUUGUUCGAAAGACGGGAAGAUGCUGGAGUGGUAUAAAGGAAAAUCUGAAGGAAACGAAAAAAAAAAACCUAUUGGCUCAUUUUCUUUAAAUAAAAUAACUUCAAUAAGAACCAAAGUAGACAAUCUCAAAUCGCUAGAAAUAGCCGUAAGUAGUAUUAAUAUAAGUACCUAUUUGUUUAUUUUCAAGACGCGUGAAGAGAGGGAAAGUUGGCAAAAUAACUUGGAAUCAUUUAGAAAAAUUAUGAGCAUGAAGUAG